UUAAAUAAUUCAUUCAAAAUGCUUGCAAAAAUUUUAAUUGUUUCAAUCUUUUUAUUUUCUGUUGAAGGAAAGAAUGAUUGUGCUGUCCUUGGAGGAUCUUGCAAUUUCCCACAAAAAUGUUGCGCGACGAGUAGCUUUAAUUCUAAAUUACAAUGUUGUGGAUUUGGUUUACAUUGUGCUACCAAUACCUGUUGCAUUCGUAAUGGAGGUAAGUUAAAAGUUAUUUAA